CUUGUACACUGUAGCAAAAGUCACAUGAUAAAAAUAUGAUCAAAAUGGCUAACACCCGUCAGUUAUUUUCAGUAGUUUUACUUCUUGUGAUUUUAAAUGUUGCUACAGCUCAAGGGCCAGUACACCCGUACAGGCGUUUCAAGUCAAGGCCCAAGUUCAAUCCCUACUGCCAAGCUGGGGUGGUUCCCUUCUGUCCCACUGGUCGAGUUGACAACACCAUGCCCAGGUUCCAUGACUUUGACAAGAUAGAAGUGUAUGCCCUUAAGGCCCCAGUAUUUGAGUUUAAACUUGGGGACCUCCUUGGAAAAUUUCACAUAAUGCAUGAUGCGAUGGCUUUCAAGAACCUUGACACCGGCUUCAACUAUACACUGGAAUGGUAUGAAUUGGUGGAAUUGUUUAACUGCACAUUUGCCCACACACUGGAGGAUGAUUCAAUGAUCUGGUGCAACCAAGGAGCUGCUUGCAUAUAUGAUGGGGUGGAUGAUAAACACUGGCUGGAGUAUGGCACUCUGGUUAAAGUUGCGGAAAUAACUGGUGCCAUAUCUAACCAGUUUGCAGAAUGGGUGGAGUGGGAUAAUAACACAGCCAUCUACUAUGAAACCUGGACAGUCUGGGAUGAACCAGGAGGUCAAAUGUGGUUUGAUUCCUUUGACUGUGCCAGUUUUGUUAUACGUGCAUUCCAAGAACUUGCCAACCUCGGGACAGAGUUUAAUCAGAGCGUUCACUUGAACUACACUCGUAUAAACCUUUACUCGGACAAACCUGUAUACCUUGGCAACGAUACUGUUGUGAAGGCCAAUGAAAGUUUGUACCAAAACAUCACAGAUUUCUACAAGAAGUUCCAAUCUCAUCAGUCAUUCCAGGACCUUAUGACACAUCUGAUUGAGGGUUAUGACGAGGUUUUUGAAGAUCACAUGUUUUACCUGUACUACAACUUUGAGUAUUGGUUCCUACCCAUGAAACAACCAUACAUGAAGCUGACAUAUUUUGAGAAGCCUCUUCCUAAAGCCAAUAACACUGACACUCUGUAUUUUCAAAGCUAUGGCUCAAAAAAGAAACUAAACUAAUUAGGAAAAAAAAGAAAAUUGUUUGAAUCCUGUUUCACUGCAGAAAACCGAUAAGAAGGUAGGUCAAGAUUUUUUAAAAUAAAAACAUGUUCAAACUAAAAAACAUCAUUUUAUCUUGGUAUGUUAGCGCGUCUUUUUAAUGCAAGAAACUAGCGAAAAUGUUUUUAAAAAAAAAUUAAAAAAAAAUUGUGUGUUGGCAAUCAAAGGUUGGUCUGGAAACGGGAAACAAACAGUUUUUUUUAUGCCUUAUUGAUUGACUGUGAUAUACUAUACAUGUAAAUGUUCAAGUUAACCUCAAUGUGCUUUACCUCAGAUUGGCUCAGAAUGUAAAAGACACUGACAUUGAUCUCUGUAUUUAAGAAAUCCAAAACAGAGCCAGCUCUUAUUUGUAUUCUUUGUUGGUUGAAAUAAAACUUUGAAUCAA